AUGCCCCGGCCACGACUCCCUCCCACUCCGACCUGUUCAACAGACUUGAAAGCACAGGAGAAGACCAUUCAAUCCUCAGAUAUGGAGACGGUGUUUGCCCUUCCCCCCCCGGCCUUGCGUCCCAACGAGGGGGAGUUACACCCUCACCGCUCCAAGUCUACCACGCGAGGAAAUUCCAUCAGCGUCCCACUCUCUGAAAGAACGCCUCCCGUCUCGCCGACAGACAAACCGCUCACGUCCAGUCCUCGCCAUAAACGAACUGCGUCUGGUGCCAUCAAGGCCAACACGGAACCAACCAACGCCCAGUCAAAGUCCUCAUACGAGCUUCCUCCGCCUCCCACUCGCGCCCGGAAAAUCAUUCAGAUGAAGCCAAAGACCACCACCACCACAACCGCCAGUGCCUCCUCACCCAGCGACACCAGUUACCAACCUCCGACGCCGGCCGCGUCAGCUUCCAACUCAAGCUCACGGUCAAGCGGCACGGCGACCAAUUCAAAGCGCAAGCAAACUUCGGCUGGCAGUGCGGCAGGACGGAAGAUUGCCCGGAAAACUGCUCAUAGCAUCAUCGAACGGCGCCGGCGGAGUAAAAUGAACGAAGAGUUUGGUGUCUUGAAAGACAUGAUUCCUGCAUGCGAAGGGGUGGAAAUGCACAAACUGGCCAUCCUACAGGCGGGGAUUGAGUAUGUUCGCUACCUUGAAGGCUGCGUGAGGCAACUCAAGGCUGAGAAUGAGAAAAGGAGCAAGAGCGAAUUUGAAAUACCCCAGAUGCCAGUUUAUGAGCACAUGGAAGAGGGCGAGGAUGAGGAGGGGGAGGAAGGGGAAGAAGAGGACGACGAGGACGAGGACGAAGACGAUGAUGAAGAACUCCACCACCACGACCACACAGACAAGAGGACCUCCGAGCCCAAUUCAUCUGCCAGACGGCAAAAGGACCACCCUCCAGCAGCUGUGGUCAAUGAAUGGUGUUUGAGAGAAUCGCGCACCUCUUCCAUCGCCUCGGGGAACAGUUCGGCGUUUUCAUCUCCACACAUGCAGAGUCAGACGCAGAGUCAAAAGGGCGAUCAAGCCCGUAUCCACAAAUGUCCCAGCCUUGCCGCUGUCGGCGAGGAAUUGCUGGCCGCGUCGCCGACUCAGCCAUUGACUCAGUCGAGCAUCACGUCGGCAACCCCUACUCCCACUCUGCUCAGUCCGGCCUUUAACGCGAUCCAUUUCUCUCCGGAUUUGAGCUUUCAAACAAGCACAAGCACAAGUACAAGCAACAAUGUGAGCACGUCCGCAGAGGGCAGAAGUUCGAGUCUCAAUCCACCCUCGACCUCUACGUCUGGGUAUUGGACGACUGUGAAUCAACGCUCCGCACCCAGUCCUCAGAUGCAGCCUCUCCCGUCGCCCACGGCCUCGAUGCAUCUCCCGUUGCCUCAUCCCCCACCGUUCCAAUUGGCCGGUUCGGCGCUCCUUCCUCGGCCGACCUUGCCCGGCCAGCGUGACCGGGACACUCACACCAAGUCUCCCGGGGCGUUGAGUGAUGUCUCGGGCACUGCGGAGGCCACAGCCGGCGCGGCUCUCAUGAUGCUCACCAACGAAUGGAGAGCAGGGGCCAGAGAGCAGGGGAGCAGUAAUGGCAGCGUGAGUCGGGGUCGGAACAGUACAGAUAGGGCCAAAGGGAUGAGUGUGAGGGAUCUAUUAAGCCCAUGA